GAUUUUGAAAAAAAAAAGAACAUUUUAUUGAGCUACCCGCAAGACCAAUACCGUCCCUGAAGAUCUUAUUGAGCCGAACAGUUGUGCUGUUACUUUUCUCGGUUCCACUAUUCGCCUCGUCCAAUGUAUGCAAUACCACCUCCGUCAUCUUCUUCUUCCUCCACAAAACCCUAAUGGUUUCUUCUCCCAAGUCCGAAGGCUCACUAAUCCACACAUCCUCUUUCAUACAUAAUUUUUCUCCAUAAUUUAUUGCUAAUCUAUGCUUCGCUUUUCCAGAGAUUCUUAUUCUGGUUGCCUCUGGAGUUAUGAAUGGAAAAUAUGUUUAUUGAUUAUCAGUUUCAGAAGGCAGGAAUAUUUUAAGUUGGCGCACAUCAGCCUGCAUACCUUAGAUGAUUAUAACAUUUCUGUCAAGAGACCUAUUAUGCAACUUGUAAAAUAGGAGUUUCCAUCACGGAUUCAUGAACAAGUAUUGUUUAUGUAACAGUUUGUCUUUGAUGGUGUUGUCAUGAUGAAGCCAAAAUUACAGAGACUGAUUAUAGUGAGGGAAUGAAUGUUUGAGGAGAAGGAUUAUAUUAAAGAAAUGAGUCAGAAUAGUAAUAACUCGUCCCUUUCAUCAACUCAUCCAGAAACUGAUGGCAAUUUUCAUAAUAUAGAGCAUUACCAUAAUCCCGAUCUCCUCCCUUCAACCCACUACAACAGAGUACAUAUGGGAAAAUACAGUGAUAUUGAUUCCGCUGCUCAAGAUGCUGUGUUACUUGAACAAGAAAUCACAACCCAAACAGUUAUACGUAGCCAAAGAGAGGCAAGAGGUGUGGAUGGAUCGUUUCAGGAUGGCUCAGACAUUUUCUCUGGACAUCAUGACCCCAGUGCUAUCAAGGAGCAUCUAUUAAAGAUGACCACUGAACAUCGUGCUGAAAUGGCUUCAAAACGCGGGAGGUCUACUCUAUCCGAAGAAGGUAACACAGAAAUCGGUAAUGGAUAUGGAGUCCCUGGUGGAGGUGCCUAUGCUGGUGGAAAUAUUGGAGCUGGAAGUAAUGAAAUGGAUGAGAAAAGUUCUCUGCCUGAUGGAGAGUCAGAACAUAAGCCUACGCCUAAAGAGUUGCCUAAGUAUCUUAAACAAAAGUUAAGAGCAAGGGGCAUCCUUAAGGAUGAGCCAGAAGAAAGCAUUUCAAAAUUGGAGACUAGUUCAACUAAAGUCACAGAAAAGGCAACCUUGCCUCCUGGAUGGGUAGAAGCAAAAGACCCCUCAAGUGGUGCUUUCUACUACUACCAUGAGACCACUGGGAAAAGUCAGUGGGAAAGGCCUGUGGAAACACCAAUUCUGCAACCUCAGACACCCCCUCAGACAGACGAUUGGGUAGAAGCACUAGAUGAAACAUCAGGCCACAAGUAUUACUACAACACAAAGACUCAUGUAUCACAAUGGCAACGCCCUCAGAUUCAUGUAUCACAAUGGGAACCCCCCAGUGCAUCCCAACAAGUUGCAAAUCAGCACCUUCCCAACAUUGCUUCUGAACGUAUAUCCAAUGUGAAUGGGAAUUCUGGGUAUCUAGAACAGAAGGAUCAAUUAUCUGAACCAGAGAGGUGCAUGGGAUGUGGCGGGUGGGGAGUUGGGCUUGUGCAGAUGUGGGGAUACUGCAAUCACUGCACAAGAGUAUUUAAUCUUCCGCAAAGCCAGUUUUUGACACCCCAUGCAAAUAAUCAUUAUCAAGUUUGCAAACCAGCAGAACUGAAAGGAGGUUCUGAAAAAAAGGCCUCUAUUCAGAGGUCCAAUUGGAAGCCUCCGAUGGGAAAAGGAAAUAAAAGAGAGAGUAAGAAACGAGCUUACUCAGAGGAUGAUGAGCUGGAUCCAAUGGACCCAAGCUCGUAUUCUGAUGCCCCAAGAGGGGGCUGGGUUGUUGGCCUUAAAGGGGUGCAGCCACGAGCUGCCGAUACCACUGCCACGGGACCCCUAUUCCAACAGCGUCCUUACCCAUCGCCGGGAGCUGUUUUGCGGAAGAAUGCUGAAGUUGCUUCACAAACCAAGAAAUCAGGUUCACCCUUUACACCUAUAUCCAAAAGAGGAGAUGGUAGUGAUGGACUUGGUGAUGCUGAUUAAGAAGCCAUUUCAAUAAAUAAUAUGCAAAGUUGGAAGGCAAAUGUGCCAUUUGUUUCUAAUUGAGGAAAGAAAUGUAAUCACAAACUUCCAGUAUUAUAUGAAUAUCAUUUACUUGAAA